CCCACGUCAACACAUAGCGUAUUUGGCGACGUAUCGCAACCUCAAAGACCACAAUUGCAGCAACACUCGACUUUCUUUUGACUUGCAAUUCAUGAGCUGGGGAGCAUACCUUGCACAUCAUGAGUUACAGUAAAAAAGAUGAAGAUGGCGAUAUGGCCAUCAUGCGUGUAGAUAGAACCUCUGUCUUUCAAGAAGGUCGGUGAACAUUCCAUUAACAGGACAGCUAAGCUAACAUUCAACAGCUCGAUUGUUUAACUCUUCCCCUAUACAACCUCGAAGAUGUCGUGUUCUCCUUACGAAGAUUGCGCUGUUAUUAUACACCGGCGAGAAAUUCCCUACGAACGAAGCCACUACUCUUUUCUUUGGUAUUUCGAAGCUGUUCCAAAAUAAAGAUGCCAGCCUGCGGCAGAUGGUUCACCUCAUCAUUAAGGAAUUAGCGCAUUCCGCGGAGGACAUUAUUAUGGUCACAAGUACAAUAAUGAAAGAUACUGGUGGUGGGACAGAUGCAAUUUACAGACCCAAUGCUAUUCGAGCUUUGUGCCGUAUCAUUGAUGUGAGUGCGCCAGAUUAUAGCACGGGAUACUAUUGACACAACUAGGCCUCCACAGUCCAAAGCGUUGAACGAGUAAUGAAGACCGCAAUUGUCGACAAGAACCCUUCAGUAUCUUCUGCUGCCCUGAUAUCCUCUUACCACCUUUUGCCUAUAGCCCGCGAUGUUGUUCGAAGAUGGCAAAGUGAAACGCAAGAAGCUGCAACAGCGACAAAAUCCUCGGGUGGCUUCUCCCUGGGUUUCUCAACUUCUAGUAGCCAACUGCCUGUAAACAAUUCAACAAUGACACAAUACCACGCGAUAGGACUUCUAUAUCAAAUGAGGAUGCACGACAGGAUGGCAUUAGUUAAGAUGGUUCAGCAAUUUGGGGCAGCAGGUGCUGUAAAGAGUCCGGCCGCGACUGUCAUGCUCGUUCGAUUGGCAGCGCAACUGGCAGAAGAAGAUCAACAACUUCGGAAACCAAUGAUGCAACUCUUGGAUGGCUGGCUCCGACACAAGAGUGAGAUGGUUAACUUCGAGGCUGCCAAAGCCAUUUGCGACAUGCGAGACGUCACAGAUGCUGAAGUCACCCAAGCAAUUCACGUUUUGCAACUUUUCCUUACCUCACCAAGAGCUGUCACCAAAUUUGCUGCGAUUCGCAUACUUCACAACUUUGCCUCUUUCAAGCCACAAGCCGUCCACCCUUGCAAUCCAGAUAUUGAACUCCUUAUCUCGAACUCCAACAGAUCAAUUGCUACCUUUGCCAUCACCACACUUUUGAAGACGGGCAAUGAAGCCAGUGUGGACCGAUUGAUGAAGCAAAUUUCAGGAUUUAUGGCAGAUAUUACAGACGAGUUCAAGAUUACAAUUGUAGAAGCUAUCCGUACUCUUUGCCUCAAGUUCCCCAACAAACAAGCUGGCAUGUUAGCAUUCCUUAGUGGCAUACUACGCGAUGAGGGAGGAUACGAGUUCAAACGCGCCGUAGUGGAGAGCAUGUUUGAUUUGAUCAAGUUUGUUCCGGAAUCGAAGGAAGACGCUUUGGCACAUCUUUGCGAAUUCAUCGAAGAUUGUGAAUUCACCAAGCUAGCUGUCCGCAUCCUUCAUCUUCUCGGAUUGGAAGGUCCAAAAACAUCCCAACCUACCAAGUACAUCCGAUAUAUCUACAACCGAGUAGUGCUUGAAAAUGCUAUUGUAAGAGCUGCAGCAGUCACAGCGCUGGCCAAAUUUGGCGUUGGGCAGAAGGAUCCAGAAGUUAAGCGCAGUGUUACCGUUCUGCUUACCAGAUGCUUGGAUGAUGUCGAUGAUGAAGUUCGUGACCGUGCUGCAUUGAACUUGCGAUUGAUGUCAGAGUCCGAUGACACCGCGGAUCGUUUCAUCAAGAAUGGUAUGCUAUUAGAACCCAGGUUUUCACUAUACUCUUCUAACCAUUACAGAAAAUACCUUUGCUUUACCAUAUCUUGAACAUCAGCUUGUUAUGUACGUCACAGCUGAUGAUAAAUCAACGUUCGAUAAUCCUUUCGAUAUUGCAUCAGUUCCAAUUGUUACCAAGGAGCAAGCAGACGCAGAGGAGCGAACCAAGAAGCUCACAACAGUAACACCAACAAUCAAGGCUCCCAAAUCUGGUCCCACCAAAGCUUCACCGUCUGGUGCCGAAGCUGUUGCUUCCGCUUCUGCAACCGCUCAAAAGUAUGCUCAGGAAUUACUCAAGAUUCCAGAGUUCAAGCCAUACGGCGCUGUACUAAAAUCUUCUCCUGUCGUCGAAUUGACUGAAUCGGAAACCGAGUACGUUGUUACCGUCGUCAAGCAUAUAUUCAAGGAGCACAUUGUUCUUCAGUAUGAGGUUAAGAAUACUCUACCGGAUACCGUUCUUGAAGAGGUAUCCGUGGUUGCUACUCCAGCUGAUGAGGAAGAGCUUGAGGAAGAUUUCAUUAUUCCGGCAACUAAGCUUGUAACCGAUGAGCCAGGUACCAUUUAUGUAUCUUUCAAGAAAACGAGUGGCGAGGCCGCUUUCCCUUCAAGCAGCUUCACGAACAUCCUGAAGUUUACCACGAAGGAAAUUGAUCCAACAACUGGCGAGCCCGAAGAGGCCGGUUAUGAUGAUGAGUAUCAGGUUGAGGAUCUUGAACUUACCGGUAGCGACUAUGUUGUCCCUGCUUUCGCCGGUAACUUCAAUCACAUCUGGGAGCAGGUGGGUGCUUCCGGCGAGGAAGCAGAAGAGACACUUCAAUUAAGUGGUGUGAAGAGUAUAGCAGGUAUGUUUUUCCUCUCCAGAACACCUAUAAAUGAAAGCCUAAUGAUUUUACAGAUGCUACUGAACAACUUACUAAAACACUCUCACUACAACCGCUCGAUGGCACGGAUGUGCCGAUCAACACGACUACUCACACUCUGAAGUUAUUUGGGAAAACAGUUACAGGUGGACGAGUCGUGGCUAAUAUCCGAAUGGCUUAUUCUAGUAAGUCAGGAGUCACGAGUAAAAUUGUGGUUCGUGGUGAAGAAGAAGGGAUUGCAGCUUUGGUUAUUGGGUCUGUUGCUUAGGGGUUAGCGAUUCCAUGGAGUUGAAAGUUGGGUGCAUUUGAUGAUCAUUGUUUAGAUAAUGGGUACAAGAAGCUAUAAAAAAUGGAUUGGCUUCAUCUCCUAGCGGAUGAAGGAUAUAGCAUGAAUCAUCAGAUCAAAAUAUAAAAAAAUAGCAUAAUUGAGAUUUGAUAUGCAUCUUCGG